UCACCCUGGAUUUCUGGCCAGCCCUCCCUCCCCUCAGCCCCGUUUCCUCAUUUGCGUGGCCAGCGAUGGCUGCGAUCCCGUGGCACAGUGAGGGGAAAUGAGAACCAUGUGGAGAGGCCGCGCAAAGGCGCGUCCCUGGCCCCGGGCACCCCCAGGGUUCUUCCUAGAAAAGAGGGGGUGACUCAGAGCCAGGGUCCCCUGCCCCCACACACCCCUUCUUUCAGCCACUGGAGACGGCGCUGGCAGCACCAGAGACUCCAGGGGCUCCUGCAAAGGAGAACGCGGAAGCUCCUGCAAAGGGUGUGGGGACAGCUGGGGCUGGACUCGGCACAGCACAGCGCCUGCCUGUCUGCCACGGGUGCCCUGACAGCCCAUCUCCUGCAGGUGCUGAGCCAUGGCGGUGUGGAUCCAGGCCCAGCAGCUCCAGGGCGAAGCCCUGCGGCAGAUGCAGGCACUCUAUGGGCAGCACUUCCCCAUCGAGGUGCGGCACUACCUGUCACAGUGGAUCGAGAGCCAGGCAUGGGACUCCAUCGACCUCGACAACCCCCAGGAGAAUGUGAAGGCAACACAGCUGCUGGAGGGGCUGAUCCAGGAGUUGCAGAAGAAGGCAGACCACCAAGUGGGUGAGGAUGGCUUCCUGCUGAAGAUCAAGCUGGGGCACUACGCCACACAGCUGCAGAACACAUAUGACCGGUGCCCCAUGGAGCUGGUGCGCUGCAUCCGGCACAUCCUCUACCACGAGCAGCGGCUGGUGCGGGAGGCCAACAAUAGCCCGUCACCUGCUGGCUCCCUGGUGGAUGCCAUGUCCCAGAAGCACCUGCAGAUCAACCAGACCUUCGAGGAGCUGCGGCUCAUCACACAGGACUCGGAGAACGAGCUCAAAAAGCUGCAGCAGACACAGGAGUACUUCAUCAUCCAGUACCAGGAGAACAUGCGCCUUCAAGCCCAGUUCUCCCAGCUUUCUCAGCUGGGCCCCCAGGAGCGCAUGUCACGGGAGACGACGCUGCAGCAGAAGAAGGCGUCGCUGGAGGCCUGGCUGCACCGGGAGGCCCAGACACUACAGCAGUACCGUGUGGACCUGGCUGAGAAGCACCAGAAGACGCUGCAGCUGCUGCGCAAGCAGCAAACAACCAUCCUGGAUGAUGAGCUGAUCCAGUGGAAGCGUCGGCAGCAGCUGGCAGGGAACGGGGGCCCACCCGAGGGCACCCUGGACGUGCUGCAGACGUGGUGUGAGAAGCUGGCGGAGAUCAUCUGGCAGAACCGGCAGCAGAUCCGCCGGGCUGAGCACCUGUGCCAGCAGCUGCCAAUCCCAGGCCCAGUGGAGGAGAUGCUGUCAGAGCUGAACGGCACCAUCACCGACAUCAUCUCUGCCCUGGUCACCAGCACCUUCAUCAUCGAGAAGCAGCCCCCCCAGGUGUUGAAGACACAGACCAAGUUCGCAGCCACCGUGCGGCUCCUGGUGGGGGGGAAGCUGAACGUGCACAUGAACCCCCCCCAGGUAAAGGCCACCAUCAUCAGUGAGCAGCAAGCCAAGGCCCUGCUGAAGAACGAGAGCACCCGCAAUGAGAGCAGUGGGGAGAUCCUUAACAACUGCUGCGUGAUGGAGUAUCACCAGGCCACUGGAACACUCAGUGCCCACUUUCGCAACAUGUCCCUGAAGCGAAUCAAGCGCUCGGAUCGCCGUGGGGCCGAGUCAGUGACGGAAGAGAAGUUCACCAUCCUCUUCGAGUCGCAGUUCAGUGUUGGUGGCAAUGAGCUGGUCUUCCAGGUGAAGACGCUGUCCCUGCCUGUGGUAGUGAUCGUGCACGGGAGCCAGGACAACAAUGCCACGGCCACUGUGCUCUGGGACAAUGCCUUUGCCGAGCCCGGCCGCGUGCCCUUCGCCGUGCCCGACAAGGUGCAGUGGCCGCAGCUCUGCGAGGCGCUCAACAUGAAGUUCAAGGCGGAGGUGCAGAGCAGCCGUGGGCUGACCAAGGAGAACCUGGUGUUCCUGGCACAGAAGCUGUUCAACAGCACCAGCUCCCACCUGGAGGACUACAGCAGCACCACGGUGUCCUGGUCCCAGUUCAACCGGGAAAACCUGCCUGGGAGGAAUUACACCUUCUGGCAGUGGUUUGACGGGGUCAUGGAGGUGCUGAAGAAGCAUCUGAAGCCGCACUGGAAUGACGGGGCCAUCCUGGGCUUCGUCAACAAGCAGCAGGCACACGACCUGCUCAUCAACAAGCCCGACGGGACUUUCCUCCUGCGCUUCAGCGACUCAGAGAUUGGUGGCAUCACCAUCGCCUGGAAGUUUGAUUCCUCUGAGAGGAUGUUCUGGAACCUGAUGCCUUUCACCACCAGGGACUUCUCCAUCCGCUCCCUGGCCGACCGCCUUGGGGACCUCAGUUACCUUAUUUACGUGUUCCCCGACCGGCCCAAGGAUGAGGUGUUCUCCAAGUACUACACGCCGGUUCUCUGUGAGUCCACGCCAGCUAAAGCCGUGGAUGGAUACGUGAAGCCACAGAUCAAGCAAGUGGUGCCAGAGUUUGUCAAUCCAUCAAGCGAUUCUGCCCCUGGAGGGGCCACCUACAUGGACCAGGCGCCCUCGCCUGCCGUCUGCUCCCAGCCCCAUUACAACAUGUACACCCAGAACCCCGACCCCGUGCUGGACCCUGAGGGUGAUUUCGACCUGGAUGACACGAUGGAUGUGGCGAGGCACGUGGAGGAGCUGCUGCGGCGCCCCGUGGACAGUCAGUGGAUCCCUCACGCCCAGUCGUGACGGGCAGGCACCUGGUCCCUCGCCACUGGCCCUGGCGCUGCGGGGACUGUGCUGUGUUUGUGUCUCUGUGCUGGGGGGGCGGCGGGUGGGCUCUGCCCCCAGGAUUUGCUCCGUGCUGCCCUGAAACACAGGCUGGCGUCCGGCUCUUUGGUGUUUAUGCCCUUGUAUAAACGGCAGCGGAUUUGUCGCA